AUGGAGGAUAAUAUGCCAAUUCGUGGUCGUUCUAGGCGGGAAAGACAAUUCAUUACUCAUUUUCACCAUUAUCGUGUAGAGAUUUUUUGUGAGGUUAUUGAUUUGAUUUCUCAAGAAAUGCUCAACCGCUUUCCUGAAGCUAGCACGGAGUUACUUCUUUUGGUAUCAUGCCUUGAUCCUAGAGACUCAUUUUCUAAAUUCAACAUCCAUAAGCUACUUUGUCUUGCAAAGAUGUAUCCUGAAGACUUCUCGGUGACUGAACAUAUAAUGCUUGAGGAUCAACUUGCUACUUUCAUUUAUGAUGUGCGACAUGAUGAUGAUUUUGCAAAUGUCGGGGACUUGGGAGAUUUUGCUAUGAAGAUGGUUGAUACUGGAAAAUGUACUAUUUUUCCACUUGUUUAUCGCCUUAUUGAGUUGGCAUUGAUUUUGCCAGUUGCGACAGCUACUGUUGAGAGGGCAUUUUCGGUGAUGAAUAUUGUGAAAACUGACUUGCGCAACAAAAUGGGAGACGAGUGGAUGAACGAUAGCAUGAUUGUCUAUAUUGAGAAAGAGGUUUUUGCCACUAUUGACAAUGAGGCGAUUCUACAAUGUUUUCAAAAAAUGCAAACUUGUCGUAUUCAGUUACCUUCUUUGAGUAGCAUGCGUCGCACAGAUAGCAGUUCUAGCUCAAGCGUGGAUAGAUAA